AUGGGGCUAAUGAUAGCCCCUCUGUGGGCUGAGCUGAAGAUCCCUCUGAUUGGCCGGGUGCCGAGAGCUAUGAACAGGCAGGGCAAUAGAAGGACAACAAAAGAAGGAUCCAGUGAUUUGAAAUUCCAGAACUUCAGUCUGCCAAAAAAUAGGUCGUGGCCUCAUAUAAGCACUGCCACAGGUCAGUACCAGACCAUCAAUGAGCCUCUUCUGGAAUGCGAAGGGAACUUAGGCACAGUUCUGGAUGACACCAAAGGCUGCAGGAACGAAGACUACGAAGACCCUGAGCUGCAUACGGUACAGUCAUGGCAAUCAGUGAAGCUCUCAGCAGCCCGACUGGUGAAGGAGUCUGAAUAUGCAGAUAAGCGCUAUUUGGAGGAUAUAAUAGAAACACCCCUCUCUUUCUACACCAAGACCUCUACCUCCAUGGAGGGGCAAGCCUGGAAGAGCCAGAUGAGGCUGGAAGAAAUGAACAAACCCAUUUUCCAGGACUUCAGAGGACAGUAUGUGAAAGACUUGAAUUCCCAACAGCUAAUCAUCCUCAUCGCCAAAGAGAAUCCUUUGUCUAGCAGCCUCCACCUAUUGGAAAGGACUCCUCUACCACCGCCUCGGCCACCUGUCACCCUUUCCAAGAGGUACCAUCCCCUUCCUCCGGAGCCGGACAGCAGCGGGCCCCCCCUCCCUCUGAGACACGCUGUUCCUGAAAGCCGCCGAGGGCCCAGUCAGAUAAACUUAAAGAACUUAAGUGAGGAUGCCCUGCACAGCGAGUGGUACAUUGGGGAGCACAGUCGCCAGGCAGUCGAAGAGGCACUGAUGAAAGAGAACAAGGAUGGCACUUUCUUGGUUCGAGACUGUUCUGCGAAGUCCCAGGCAGAACCAUACGUGCUGGCAGUGUUUUAUGGGAACAAAGUCUACAAUGUCAAGAUCCGCUUCCUGGAGCUAAGCCAGCAGUUUGCACUGGGGACAGGACUCCGGGGAGAGGAGAAGUUUAAUUCGGUGGAGAACAUCAUUGAACACUACAAGCAUUCUCCCAUCAUACUCAUUGAUGGGAAGGAUAAAACUGGGGUUCGCCGGGAACAGUGCUACCUCACCCAGCCCCUCCCUCUCAGGAGACACUUCUUGUCUUGGUAA